CUCAGAACCGGGAGAGCAAGGGCAGCUCCAGCCCACUUCACCUCAUCUCACAUCUUCCCACCUUCCGCUGCGAUAAGAUAAGGAUCCCAUGAUGCCUCGUGGAGCAUCCGAAUCUCCGACAUAAAAUCACUUUAAAAGAUACAUUGUACGCGUAGGCAGAACAAGCCAUUUCCCGGGAACAAGUGCCCUCUUGUAUGACUUGGUACUUGCUGUUCUAAGAAUGGAGUUAUUCGACAUCUUCCAAUUCUUUUCGAUCGAGUGAUCAAUAUCAUGAUUCCAGGCCUAAGUCAGGUACCUAGGUACGUACGGAUGCCAUCCGCAGAUAAAUGCUCUAAAUACAACUUCAAAAACAUGUUAGCCGCGGAUACUCCACAGACAGACAUCCAAUAAUACAUCCCAUGCAUCUUCUUCAACAAAGCUUACAAACAAUCAUGCAAUGUCAUGUCAACUUGUCAAUCCAGGGCGCCGAAAAGCCAUAACCCGCAACUGGCCGCGCCGACGCACGCCGACAAACCCACCCCUCCAUCCGCGCACCGGGCCCAGCGCCGAAGAACGGAGGGCGUGCCGCACCACACAUGUCACCAACGGCACCCCGCCCGAAGCCCGCCCAUCCAAUCGUGAAGCUCCAACUUUAUA